CUGAUGGACACAAAGUGGGUGACCUCUGAGUUGGCAUGGACAACUCAUCCGGAGACAGGGUGGGAAGAAGUCAGUGGUUAUGACGAGGCCAUGAACCCUAUCCGCACGUACCAGGUCUGCAACGUACGGGAGGCCAACCAGAACAACUGGCUUCGUACCAAAUUCAUCCAGCGCCAGGACGUCCAGCGCGUCUACGUGGAGCUGAAGUUCACUGUGCGGGACUGCAACAGCAUUCCCAACAUCCCUGGCUCCUGUAAAGAGACCUUCAACCUCUUCUAUUAUGAGUCAGAUACGGAUUCUGCCUCUGCAAACAGCCCUUUCUGGAUGGAGAACCCCUAUAUCAAAGUGGAUACAAUUGCCCCAGAUGAGAGCUUCUCCAAGCUGGAGUCUGGCCGUGUGAACACCAAGGUGCGCAGCUUUGGCCCUCUCUCCAAGAAUGGUUUUUACCUUGCCUUCCAAGACCUGGGAGCCUGCAUGUCCCUCAUCUCCGUCCGGGCUUUCUACAAGAAAUGCUCCAACACCAUUGCUGGCUUUGCUAUCUUCCCGGAGACUCUAACGGGGGCCGAGCCCACUUCCCUGGUCAUCGCGCCGGGCACCUGCAUCCCCAAUGCAGUGGAGGUGUCUGUGCCCCUCAAGCUGUACUGCAACGGCGACGGCGAGUGGAUGGUACCCGUGGGAGCAUGCACGUGUGCUGCUGGAUAUGAGCCCACCAUGAAGGAUACCCAGUGCCAAGCGUGCGGCCCAGGAACCUUCAAAUCUAAGCAGGGGGAAGGUCCCUGCUCUCCCUGCCCUCCCAAUAGCCGGACCACCUCUGGAGCAGCAAUGGUCUGCACUUGUCGAAACGGCUUUUUCCGGGCAGACACGGACCCCGCAGACAGCGCCUGCACCAGUGUCCCCUCAGCCCCCCGCAAUGUCAUCUCCAACGUGAACGAGACGUCGCUGGUGCUGGAGUGGAGCGAGCCGCAGGACACGGGCGGGAGGGACGACCUGCUCUACAACGUCAUCUGCAAGAAAUGCAGCGUGGAGCGGCGCCUGUGCACCCGCUGCGACGACAACGUGGAGUUCGUGCCGCGCCAGCUCGGCCUCACUGAGCGACGCAUCUACAUCAGCAACCUGAUGGCCCACACCCAGUACACCUUCGAGAUCCAGGCCGUGAACGGCAUCUCCAACAAGAGUCCCUACCCUCCCCAUUUUGCCUCUGUCAACAUCACCACCAACCAGGCAGCCCCAUCUGCCGUACCGACGAUGCACCUGCACAGCAGCACCGGGAACAGCAUGACGCUGUCAUGGACUCCCCCAGAGAGACCCAACGGCAUCAUUCUGGACUAUGAGAUCAAGUACUCGGAGAAGCAAGGCCAGAGUGAUGGCAUCGCCAACACAGUCACCAGCCAGAAGAACUCGGUGCGGCUGGACGGGCUGAAGGCCAACGCUCGGUACAUGGUGCAGGUGCGGGCGCGCACCGUGGCAGGGUACGGCCGCUACAGCCUCCCCACGGAGUUCCAGACCACUGCCGAGGGCGGUUCCACCAGCAAGACUUUCCAGGAGCUGCCUCUGAUCGUGGGUUCGGCCACUGCAGGGCUGGUGUUCGUCAUCGUGGUGGUGGUGAUUGCCAUCGUCUGCUUCAGGAAAGGGAUGGUUACUGAACACCUCCUCUCGUCUCCUUUGGGCAGGAAGCAGCGCAACAACACCGACCCUGAGUACACAGAGAAGCUGCAGCAAUAUGUUACCCCUGGGAUGAAGGUGUACAUUGACCCUUUCACCUACGAGGACCCAAACGAAGCUGUCCGGGAAUUCGCCAAAGAGAUUGACAUCUCCUGUGUGAAAAUUGAGGAGGUCAUUGGAGCAGGGGAGUUUGGAGAGGUGUGCCGUGGGCGCCUGAAGCUGCCUGGCCGCCGCGAGAUCUUCGUGGCCAUCAAGACACUGAAGGUGGGCUACACAGAGCGGCAGCGGCGGGACUUCCUGAGCGAGGCCAGCAUCAUGGGCCAGUUCGACCACCCCAACAUCAUCCACCUAGAGGGGGUGGUGACCAAGAGCCGCCCCGUCAUGAUCAUCACAGAAUUCAUGGAGAACUGUGCGCUUGACUCCUUCCUCCGGUUGAAUGAUGGGCAGUUCACAGUCAUCCAGCUGGUGGGAAUGAUGCGAGGCAUCGCCGCUGGCAUGAAAUACCUUUCGGAGAUGAACUAUGUGCAUCGGGAUCUGGCUGCCCGCAACAUCCUGGUCAACAGCAACUUGGUCUGCAAAGUGUCUGACUUCGGGCUCUCUCGCUUCCUGGAGGAUGACCCAGCUGACCCCACCUACACCAGCUCCCUGGGAGGCAAGAUCCCAAUCAGAUGGACAGCUCCUGAGGCCAUCGCCUACCGCAAAUUCACUUCAGCCAGCGACGUGUGGAGCUACGGCAUUGUCAUGUGGGAAGUGAUGUCCUACGGGGAGCGACCUUACUGGGACAUGUCCAACCAGGAUGUGAUCAAUGCUGUGGAGCAGGAUUACCGCCUGCCACCCCCCAUGGACUGCCCCACUGCACUGCACCAGCUGAUGCUGGACUGCUGGGUGCGGGACCGCAACCUGAGGCCCAAAUUUGCACAGAUUGUCAACACGCUGGACAAGCUCAUCCGCAAUGCUGCCAGCCUGAAGGUCAUCGCCAGCGUGCAGUCUGGCAUCUCCCAGCCGCUCUUGGACCGCACUGUCCCAGAUUACACCACCUUCACCACCGUGGGAGACUGGCUGGAUGCCAUCAAAAUGGGACGGUACAAGGAGAACUUUGUCAAUGCUGGGUUUGCCUCCUUCGACCUGGUGGCACAGAUGACUGCAGAGGACCUGCUGAGGAUAGGGGUGACGCUAGCAGGGCACCAGAAGAAGAUCCUGAGCAGCAUUCAGGACAUGAGGCUGCAGAUGAACCAGACGCUCCCAGUGCAGGUUUGACCACAGGGGACUCUGCAUUGGAACGGACCAAGGGAACCUGCCAUAAAGGUUCAGUUUGCGGUGCAGCCCAGCUUCCUGUUUUCCCCUCCACACGGCGCUCCUCUGCCUCGGACGGUCGCCUGGGACGGGAUGGGACGGGACGCCCUUCCCUGGAUCGAAGGCACUCAUGCUGAGGGAGCCCAGCUUUUCGUCCCUUGUCCUGGAAUGGCGAGGCAGCAACACAUCUUCAUAUUGAAGAUGGAUUAUGGGACAGAGAUGGCACAUCCCACUUCCCACCCUGUCUUGGUGCUCAUCAGUUUGAAGAGUUGUUCUGCUUCUUGGAUUUCUUUUCACCCUGUUUUCCCCCAAAUCCUCACUUCCCUCACCCCCCCGAGGCCACAGACUGUUGACCCGUCCGCCGAGUCUGUCAGACAUGUCCGAAGCCUUCCCUAACUCUGUUCCCCACAUGGAAGCAGCCAGGGGAGGCCGAGCCAGCGACAGGGCUGGGGCCACCAGCCCCAGACAAUCACUCCUCUUCUCCAGCCCUGGCAAGCCCUCCGCCCAAGGGUCUGCACUGGAACAUGUCCGAAGGGAAGGCUUCGCUCCCUUUCUUGGCUUUGCACGCCAGAACCUGAACCCGAUUUACUAUGCAGGG